AGCCAAGCCCAAGUAAUUUGUUAUAUGGGAUGUUGUGUGUUAUCAAUGCAAAUUGUUUGGCUGCUUUACUCUGAUGAACAUUAUGCAUAAUCUUUAAUUCCUCUAAUUAGCUGGCAUUGGGCCUUUGAUUGUCGAGUCAUUUGGCUUUUAUGCAUCAAAUGAGGGUUAGAGUUCCCCCAUCAUCAUCAUCUGGAUGUACCGGCUUGGAAGUGAAAACUCAGAUGAGGUAUCAGUUUGUGGUAAGUGUGACAGGUCUCCUCUUCCUAUGAUCGUUCUUUUCAAUUAUUACGUACACCAGUCGUUUAAUAACAUUGAUUGAGACAAGGAUAUUAUGUCAUUCUGUUAGCAUCUUGAUCAUAUAUUCUCGUUAAUGUGUUCGUAUUACUAAUUUCAUCCUUGUUUGUUUUCAUUUUUUCCUUGCACCGUAUGUGACACAUGACGAUUAAAGCUUGAUCAUAUUGGUAGCCAGUCUUUUAUUUGCUCAUUCAAGAAGACUUGGACAAGAAGAAGUCACCAGGCCGCUGCAGAACAAACAGGAAAUAAUGGAGGGGCAUAUCUUAAACCAAAAAUGUUAAUUCUUUACCUCACGCUGUCAAAAAGCAUUCGUUUGUUUCUAGUUUUCUGUUGUUGUGCCGUGCCACCUCCUGAGAUGCAUUUGCCAGCACUCGUGUCAGGUCGUUCUCGAAGACUCCGUUUUCAGGUGGUUUGUGGUGAGGACGCCUAUACUUCCAAUGUGUCCAAGGACUCAUUGGACACGGAUCAAAGUUCAGGGACCUAAUUGAAAAGUGUGGUAGAGUAUACGUAAUGUACAGAUCUCCGUACUACACGUCUGGUACAGCGAUGCUCUCUAAUAAGUAUAACGGCCUUGUAAAGACGGUGGCACCGGUUGGCGCAUGUAGCAAAUAAAAAUAAGAUCGGAACCCUCACAUUUCAUAUCUGCGCUGAUUUGGUCCGUGUUCUCUCUCUUUAAUCCCAACGGUGCCUCUGCCGUUACUGCAUUCGUCUCCCUUUUCGUCUCACCAACCCGCUCCUCCCCUUUCCCCUUCUCACUCGUCCCUCGCGCCGCUUCGCUCUCGGAUUCCUUCUCUCGCUACCAAAGCAUGAGCCUCAGCGACUCGCAGCAGCGACGGCCGCAGCGGCAAUCCGUCUUCUCCGGUGCCGAUCCCGCCUGCAUCGACAACGACGGCCACGAGGAGAACGGAGACAGCAGCGACCCGUCGCUGCCGCCGCCGACACCCGCCGCGGCGGGGCAGGCGAGCAGGCAUUGGCGGGACGUCUUUUGGCUCUGUGUCUUCCUCCUCCACCUCCUCGUUUUCGGGUUCGCGCUCGCGCUCCUCGGGAUCAACCGCUUCAACCGCGCCGACCGGCUCAACAUCGAUCGCUUCACCAAUCUCACUGGCGGGGCCAACUUCAGCCAGGCUUCGUUUGUCCAGUACCUGAAGCAGACCGAUACGGCGGAGCUCACGGAGACGUAUUGGCCGUUCUACGGGGUGGCUGGCGGAGCCAGCGUGCUGUUGGCGUGGGCGUGGCUGUCGCUGCUGCGUAUCCGAGCCAGCCAGAUGAUGAAGGUGUCUAUCCAUAUCCUCACCACCUAUCUCGCUGUCGUCAGCGUCUUGUGCUUCUGGGCAGAACACUUCUUCUGGGGCGUGGUCUUUGCGGUCGGCGCGGCGCUGCAAUUCCUGUAUGUCAUGUCGGUAUUGGACAGGUUUCCUUUCACAAUGCUAGUGCUACAAAAGGCUGUGAAGAUGGUCUUGGCUAUUCCUGAUUUGAUGCGAGUAGCCUAUGCUUUUAUGAUAAUUAUGCUUUGUUGGAUGAUAUUAUGGUCAUUUGGAAUAUCUGGGGUUAUUGCUUCAAGCUUGGAUGACAGUGGAUGUUGGUGGCUUCUUGUGAUAUUUUCUGUCAGUUUAUUUUGGACGGGUGCUGUAUUUUGCAACACAGUCCAUGUUAUAGUAUCCGGCAUGGUCUUCCUUGUUCUCAUGCAUGGUAAUGUAAGUGCAGCAUCAAUGCCUUCAAAGCCACUUUUGAAGUCACUACGUUAUGCUGUGACAACUUCUUUUGGUAGCAUUUGCUAUGGAUCACUUUUUACAGCUGCAAUUCGAACAUUGCGGUGGAAGAUACGGGGAAUUCGAUCGAAGAUUGGCAGCAAUGAAUGUCUCCUAUGCUGUGUUGAUUUCUUGUUUCACCUUGUGGAGACACUAGUUCGUUUCUUCAACAAGUAUGCCUAUGUUGAGAUUGCAGUUAAUGGUAAAGGCUUCAACAGCUCAGCCAGGGAUGCCUGGGAGUUAUUCCAGUCCACUGGCAUUGAAGCUCUUGUUGCCUAUGACUGUUCAGGUGCAGUUCUUCUGAUGGGCAUUAUUUUGGGUGGGCUACUUACUGGAACAUGUACAGGAGUUUGGACAUGGUAUAAGAGGAGUGAUAAACUGAUCAUGGUUGGUUCUACCGCUAUUUUGAUGGGAAUGAUUUUGGUGGGCCUGGCGGUAGUCGUUAUCGAAAGUGCAGUUACAUCUAUAUACGUAUGCUAUGCAGAAGACCCAUUCUUGAUCCAGAGAUGGGAUGCUGAAUUUUUUGACCAGAUGUCAGAGGUAUUACACGAGCGAUUACAGUAUCGAAGUGCAAGAGCCAGACAAGUGAUGGACCAGCGAUUCGAUCAGUUACCAGAUGAAUCACAUGUUUGAUUCUGUGCGAUGGUUUACCAGUUGUAUUCUCAUUCUGAUUUGUUCAUGGCUUUGCAAACAUUGGUACAAUCCAGGAUGGUGCUGAGGGACUCAAAAUCGCAAGUGAAGGCUUCAA